AGGGGAGACGCCCGCCCGCCUGCCCGGGCCUCGCCUCUGACCGCUCCCUCCGCCUCCUCCCCGCCCCGAGCCCCAGUCAGCCCGUCCUUCCUUCCCCUCCCGUGCAUGAUGGAAACACCAUGGCUGCGGCGGCCCAGCUCUCCCUGACACAGUUAUCAAGUGGGAAUCCUGUAUAUGAAAAAUACUACAGACAGGUUGAUACAGGCAAUACUGGAAGGGUAUUGGCUUCUGAUGCUGCUGUUUUUCUGAAAAGAUCAGGGCUUCCAGACCUGAUUCUUGGAAAGAUUUGGGAUUUAGCUGACACAAAUGGCAAAGGAAUCCUGAACAAACAAGAAUUCUUUGUUGCUUUGCGUCUUGUGGCAUGUGCCCAGAAUGGAUUGGAGGUUUCACUGAGUAGCUUGAACCUGGCCGUCCCUCCACCAAGAUUUCAUGAUACCAGUAGUCCUUUGCUAAUCAGUGGAUCUUCUGUAGCUGAGCUCCCAUGGGCUGUAAAAUCUGAAGAUAAGGCCAAAUAUGACGCAAUUUUUGAUAGUUUAAGCCCAGUGAAUGGAUUUCUCUCUGGUGAUAAAGUGAAACCAGUGUUGCUCAACUCUAAGUUACCUGUGGAUAUCCUUGGAAGAGUUUGGGAGUUGAGUGAUAUUGAUCAUGAUGGAAUGCUUGACAGAGAUGAGUUUGCAGUUGCCAUGUUUUUGGUAUAUUGCGCAUUGGAGAAAGAACCUGUGCCAAUGUCCUUGCCUCCCGCCUUGGUGCCACCUUCUAAGAGAAAAACGUGGGUUGUAUCCCCUGCAGAAAAGGCUAAAUACGAUGAGAUCUUCUUGAAAACUGAUAAAGAUAUGGAUGGCUUUGUAUCUGGAUUGGAAGUCCGUGAAAUCUUCCUAAAGACAGGUUUACCUUCUACCUUACUGGCCCAUAUUUGGACAUUGUGUGACACAAAGGACUGUGGGAAGCUUUCAAAAGAUCAGUUUGCCUUGGCUUUUCACUUGAUCAAUCAAAAGUUAAUAAAAGGCAUUGAUCCUCCUCACAUUCUUUCUCCUGAGAUGGUUCCGCCAUCAGACAGGACCAAUUUACAAAAGAACAUCAUAGGAUCAAGUCCUGUUGCAGAUUUCUCUGCUAUUAAGGAGCUAGAUACCCUUAACAAUGAAAUAGUUGAUCUACAGAGGGAAAAGAAUAAUGUAGAACAGGACCUUAAGGAGAAAGAAGAUACUAUCAAACAGAGGACAAACGAGGUUCAGGAUCUGCAAGAUGAAGUUCAAAGGGAGAAUACUAAUCUACAAAAACUACAGGCCCAGAAACAGCACGUACAGGAACUCCUUGAUGGACUGGAUGAGCAGAAAUCCCAGCUGGAGGAGCAACUGAAGGAAGUUAGAAAGAAAUGCGCUGAGGAGGCCCAGCUGAUCUCAUCCCUGAAAGCUGAAUUAACUAGUCAAGAAUCGCAGAUCUCUACUUACGAGGAAGAGCUGGCCAAAGCUAGGGAAGAGCUUAGUCGCCUACAGCAAGAAACAGCAGAAUUGGAGGAGAGUGUGGAGUCAGGGAAGGCUCAGCUAGGACCUCUUCAGCAGCACCUGCAAGAUUCACAACAGGAAAUCAGUUCAAUGCAAAUGAAGCUGAUGGAAAUGAAAGAGCUGGAAAACCAUAAUAAUCAAUUAAAUUGGUGCAGUAGCCCACACAGCAUUCUUAUAAAUGGUGCUACAGAUUAUUGCAGCCUUAGCACCAGCAGCAGUGAAACAGCUAACCUUAAUGAGCAUGCUGACAGCCAAGGCAUGUUGGAGUCAGAGCCCAUACACCAGGAGUCUCCAGCAAGAAGUAGUCCUGAAAUACUGCCUUCUGGUGUGACUGAUGAUAAUGAAGUGGCAACUACAGCUGUUCAUGAGAAAGUUUGUCCUGAAUUUAAUAGUGACAGACAUUCAAAAGAGGGAGAUCCAUUUAAUGUAGAAUCAAGUUCACUGACAGAUCCUGUUGCAGAUACAAACUUGGAUUUUUUCCAGUCUGAUCCUUUUGUUGGCAGUGAUCCUUUCAAGGAUGAUCCUUUUGGAAAAAUUGAUCCAUUUGGAGGUGAUCCUUUCAAAGGUUCAGAUCCAUUUGCAUCUGACUGUUUCUUCAAGCAGUCUUCUGCUGACCCUUUUGCCACUUCAAGUACUGACCCUUUCAGUGCAGCCAGCAAUAGCAGUAACACUUCGGUAGAAACAUUGAAACACAACGAUCCUUUUGCUCCUGGUGGAACAGUUGUUGUUGCAGCAAGUGAUUCAGCCACAGAUCCCUUUGCUUCUGUUUUUGGAAGUGAAUCAUUUGAAGAUGGAUUCGCUGACUUCAGCACAUUGUCAAAGGUCAACAACGAAGAUCCUUUUAGUUCAGCCACAUCGAGCUCUGUCAACAGUGUGGUCAUUAAAAAAAAAGUGCUUGAGGACACAUCGGUCAGAAGUGAAGAUGUACCCCCAGCAUUGCCCCCAAAGAUUGGAACUCCAACAAGACCCUGCCCACCACCACCUGGGAAAAGACCCAUCAACAAAUUGGAUUCUUCUGAUCCUUUUAAACUGAAUGAUCCAUUUCAGCCUUUCCCAGACAAUGAUAGCCCCAGAGAAAAAGAUCCUGAUAUGUUUUGUGAUUCAUUCACUUCUACUACUACUACCACUACCACUACCAAUAAAGAGGCUGACCCAAGCAAUUUUGCUAACUUCAGUGCUUAUCCCUCUGAAGAAGAUAUGAUUGAAUGGGCCAAGAGGGAAAGUGAGAGAGAGGAAGAGCAGAGGCUUGCCCGACUAAAUCAGCAAGAGCAGGAAGACUUAGAACUGGCUAUCGCGCUCAGCAAGUCGGAGAUAUCAGAAGCAUGAAGAAUUCUCCUGUCCUUUGUCAACCAUACAAUAUUCUUCUUCCUAAAUACUGGAGCUCUUUACAGUGUGUAUCAAAACUACCUAUGAGCAUGGGAAUACAAAAGGUUUGAGAUUCCUGUAAAUGUGACAAAAGUUUGUGUUUUUUUUUGUUUUUUUUUUGUUUCUUACUCCAUUUCAGAUUUGUCUUCCUGCCCUCCGCCCAACCCUGGCCCCUAUAAAAGCAGUAACCCAGUCAGACGACUUCACCUAGGCUCCUGUUCUGAUGUGCAUUUACUGUGAGCUUUUGCCUGCCUAUGCUACUUUUACUUGUAAAGCUAGAGUACCCAAGCUUCUGCCUUCUGGAAUAUAGAGAAAUAGUUCAUCCCUAUGCUACCUGUGUUCUGUAGUUAAUCUGAUGAUAGCUGGUGGGUUUCUUAAAGUUUGCAGUAUUCUUUGAUUUGAAUGGUUGAGGGAGGGGAAGGGAAAGAACAUCCUAUUUCUUUUAGCAAAUUGGCUAGUUUAAAGCAUAUGUUUGUAUUUCCUUAUAGUUAAAAUACUGUUCAGUUUUUUUAUAGAUAAGAAAAAAUGCUUUGCAUAAAUUGACUCCACUGUUGAAGGGAUGCUUUAAGUUUGAACCAUUAUAGCUUCAGACUCAAUCUUUUCCUAAAUAAAAAUGUUAAAGCCUCAUGUGUGAAAUAUAUUUUUAAAAAAAUGUCUGUGGAUUUAAAGAAUUUUAGAUGAACAGAUAGCUGUCCAUAAUUUUGAGUGCUAGACAGUGGAGAAUAUGUAUCACUUAACAUAUACCUAGCAGUGUAAGGUAAGCAAAAAUCUAACAUGGCAGCCAUUCUGCCAUUGCUAUGGCACUGUCCCCUUUAGUUCAUGGUAGGUUUAUUUUUGUACUUUGCAGAAGAAAUUUUAGCAUGUGAGAACUGGAAGGUACUUUAAACUUUUGUAUAUAUAUAUUUUUGUUUUCUUUAAUGAAGGCUCACUUACUUGAAAUGUAAAAACUUUCACUGAAUACAAAUGGGAAAAGUGAUAUGUAUUAAAUCAUAUUAAUUGCUUUUUGUCCAUCUUUGUGGUUUAAAAUAGUUUAUUCUCUUCCUGGUUUUUGCCUAGAAAAUUUGUGGGCUAGCAAGAAAAUCUUGUUGUUGUUGUUGUUGUUGUUUUUUAAUUGAGAGAGAAGAGAACUAUCAAAUUGUCAAAGUUCUUCAUGUGUUAAAAGUCUAUCUCCUAUGAAACUGAGCUAGCAGGCAAGCUGAAUUUGAAAUAGACUGUGAUGUAUAGGCUAUAAACUGUGGAAUAACCUUAGUUUUCUUUUAACGUCAGUUACUGACUUAGGUAAUGUAUUGAAUACCAAGAUAAAGAAAAAUGCACCUACAAACUAAUUAAAAGUCUUUGUGAUCACCAAGUCAAGGUGGUAUUGAUCUGCAUUAAUCAGAGUAACUUACUGCCUAGCCUAUGAAUAAAUUCGAAAAUAUCCAAUUCAUUUAAUCUUGAAAUGGUGCUUUUUUUCUCUCUCCACACACAGUUGGACUGCUGCAGUUUAAAGCAAACUUAACAUCAUGUUCUUGCACAGCUAACUUUUUUUCUACUUUUAUAAAUUGAAACAUUUCAGCAUAAAAGUCAUACAUAUGAAGCAAGGGCUGAAUCAUAAUCAUAAGGCUUUAAUUUUGAUAAACUAAUCCAGUGGCCUAUGGAUAGACUGCUAAAAGUUGAUUGAGAAGGUAGUGUUGGGAGCUGUGAUAGGUAGUCAUUUUGGGUUUUUUUUUUUUCCCUUCCUCUUACACUUCAGGAUAAAGGUAAGUUGACUUGAAUGGACUUCUUUUGCACUGGGAAAAUGAACAGAUGUUUGAAAUGAUUUUAAAAUAUUUUUUUUAAUUAAAAAAACCACUCUGGAAAAUAUUAAAUACCUGUAACUUAUAAACACCCACCUUCAAUGUAAUAAGUGUACCCUAAUCUUAUGUAUGUUUAACUGGAUUACACAGAUUCUUAUCUUUUGUUAAAAUAUGUAUACUCAGUGGACCAAUAUAAUAUUAAAGUAUGUAUAUAUUAUAUAAAUCUCUUUCUCCAUGCUCACUUGUGUAGGAUGAGUGUUUGAGAGUCCUUUGUGAUUACAUUUUACUUUGUUGACUCUGGCUGCAGAGCCUAUGCUUUCAAAGGACAGACAAGUAUUCCUGAGAGCUCAGUGGCACUACUCACAAAGUUUUAAUCGCCUUCUAUAUCCUUGUUCAAGUUUUGUUGGGCUCUCUUUAUAGAAUUUUCUGUUUCAAACUUCUAAAUUAUAGCCUGUAAUUAUGAGAACAAUAAACUUUAAGUAAUAAUAAAGCAUACUAUCCAUACAUUGUAUUUGAAAUGGA